ACUGAGUUCAUUCCUUUUGAUUUAGACAACAACAGCCCUCAAAUUUAUAAACGGCUGCAUUUGACAUUAGGUCUUGUAUGCCGCCGACAGAUUUUGACAAACAGUUGAAAUUUUCAAAAAUCCAAAAGUUUCUGGGCGUUGUGUACCCAACUGCGAUUUUACUGGUGACCGGUUAUAUAGUAUGGGUCUAUGUCGCUUUAGUGUGUGUUAAUUCCAAUAUAAAAGUAAAAAAUGGAUACAGGGCUAUGGGAGCAGGAAUUACAUUCGUAAUCUUGUUUUUUAUAAGCGUGGGAUUAAGCUAUUUAUCCUAUUUUCGAGUUCUGUUCUCAAAUCCGUCCUAUUGUGGUGAUAUUACUUUGGAUUACUACGAUGAUACAACUACAAUCUUUGUUUGUGGCCCAAACGGCGCCCCUCGUAUAUGUGGAACAUGUAAAUGUUGGCUACCAGAUAGAUCUCAUCACAGCAGAGUCAGUAUGAAAUGCAUCAAAAAAUUUGAUCAUUACUGUGCGUUCGUUGGUAAAGAUAUUUGUUUUAGCAAUCACAAAUUCUUCUAUCAAUUUCUAUUUUAUGGAACCAUUGCAUCUCUUUUUGUCUUGAUUAGCACUGCAAUAAUGUACGCUCGUAAAGGAGAAUAUCGAAGCCUUCCUGGAACUUGGAUCUUUGUUUUAAUAUCUUCUGGCUUUGGCGUUCUUUUCAUGGGUGCUUUAUUACUUCGACAGACUGUUUUUCUACUAUUAAACAUGAAUAGCCAUGAAGGAAGAAAGUGGAAGUCGAAGGUUUAUCACUUUAGUGUGUUUUUUCCAGAGCAAAUGACCAGUCGUGUUCAUGUACAAAGCGAUCCGGGCGACCUUCCUUGGGAUUUGGGGUAUUCAAAAAACUGGAGAUCUGUAAUGGGCGAUCAUUGGUAUGACUGGUUUUUACCAUUUCGUCGUUCACCUGGUAAUGGUAUACACUAUGAGUACAAUCCUUCUUUUCUGCACAAAAUGCGCUUAAAGGCCACUUCUACUCCCUAGAGGUAAUAAGUAAUUUAUAAUAAUUUAGGAUUACUCUAAUCCUUCCAUGCCUCUACUCGUCGAUAUAAAACAUCAAGCACUUCUGAAUAUUGAAGCUCAAUCCCUUUUUCUUUCAAUACUUGGUCAACAACUUGAUGAUUAUCAUCCUUAAUCGCUUUUAUAAAACUUCUAAUGGUCAUUUCUUUGCCCAGAUCCAAUGACAGCAGUUCAAUAGAUGAUGUCAAUUUCUUAAAAGUUAGUAAUGGAUAGUAUGAAAAUUCCAAUAGAAUCUGCAUUAUAUCUCUUGUGUACUGUAUACCACCGCGGAGACUAAAUUGAUGGGACAUUAUGAUUUUAACAAACCAGUUUCCGACAAUUAUUCCUAAUUGAUAUAUAACCUCACGCAACGAGGCACCGGAAAGAAGACUUUCUAACGUUCUUAUAAGGUUCCUUAAAGAACUUUGAAUUUUCAGUAUCUCUGAGGAUACGGGAGAUGUAGCAAUAUCAACAUUUAAUGGUUGUUCCUUUAUUACCCACGUAUCGAUGUCAGCGUAGUCAUUAACCAAAGGCUGCAGCAUCUGAAUUGCUGCACGUAAAAUGAGUCGGAAUGAUCCUUUCUUCAAAACAUCGAUUCUAUUCUUCAUGACGAAAAAGGCAGAAUGUUCUUUAUGACCAUAAUGACUCCCAAUCUCAAUAUAUAUUUCUUCAUCUUCAUAAUCAUCGAUCCAAUUUUUUAAGAGAUGAAAAUUGCUAUACAAUUUGCACAUACGUUCUACUUCAGUAGUUUCAUUUUGACGGCCUAGUUGUAAUGAUCCAGG